GACCCGCGAUCAAUUACCUGACCUGGACCCGACCUGCCACGGGGCGGGUCUAGGUACCAAGAAACCCGCCCCAGACCUGCCCCAUUGCCAUUCCUACUUUUCUUCAACCCUCACUCCUUUUACUUCACCACCAUUGCCAGAACCUUCUCGUCUUCCUCUCCUCCUAUAAUUACCCUUCUUUCUACAUCGUAUUUGCUAAUCAUAGUUCAAUUCUGCAAAACCCUUUUCUCUAAUCCUUUCAAUCAAUCAAAUUUGCAAUCUACGAUGGCGGACAAAGCUAAAUCAAAGGGCAACGCGGUGUUCUCCGCUAGCGAUUACACCACCGCCAUCAAGCACUUCUCCGACGCCAUCGCCCUCACUCCCACCAACCACGUACUCUAUUCCAAUCGAUCGGCGGCAUACGCCUCCAUCCAGAGGUACGCCGACGCCAAGAAGACCGUCGAGCUCAAGCCCGACUGGUCCAAGGGCUACUCGCGCCUCAGCUCCACUCAUCUCGGCUUGACCUAGUAUCAGGACACUAUUGUUGCGUAAGGGCUCGACUUCGACCCCACCAACGAUGCCUUGAAAUACGAAUUGGCAGAUGCAGAGUCCGCCGCCGCCGCUUCGUCUUCUAGGUCUAGAGCUACUCCUCAGAUGCAGAAAGGGCCUAGGAUUCACGUCCGAUUCGGGUUCUGUUCGUCUUUUCUUCAGACGAACGAACUGGUGGCUGUUCGUCUUCUCCCUCAGACCGAUCUGGAGGACACGCUAAAUCCGCCCUCCAAUCACCCUUGGAUUCGUGGUCGGUGAUGAGAAAUGGGCUGGCGAUUAAAGACGGCAACGAGUU